AUGUUUAGUAAUAAAGUUUGGGUUUUAGAGAGUGAUAAUUUUAUAAAAGGUAUAAUUGCAGAUGAAAACAACUAUAUAAGUGAAGAAAAUGGUCAGAAAUUGAAUGGACAAGUAUGGGAAAGAUGUGAGGAUGUUUAAGCAGACAUGGUCAAUCUGGCAAUAAUUAAUGAUCCAUAACUUUUAUAUAACUUAAGUGAGAGAUAUAAAAAAGAUUAAAUAUUUACAUAUGUUGGUCCAACUCUGAUUGUUAUUAAUCCAUUUAAGAGUCUCAAUGUAGAUCUUCAAGAAUAUGUAGAUUAUAUUAUUAGAAAAAGUCGUAACUAUAAAUCUAUUACACCUCAUACAUAUGCAAUUGCAGCUCAUGCUUUUACCAAAUUAACUGAGAAAAUUUAAGCAAUUGUAAUAUCAGGUGAGAGUGGAGCAGGUAAAACAGAAAAUGCAAGAUAUUGUCUUAAUCUAUUAACAAGUGUUAAUUCUGAAGAGACUGAAUUAUCUGAUAAGAUUAUGGGAUGCAAUCCAAUCUUAGAAGCAUUUGGUAAUGCAAAAACAAUUAGAAAUAAGAAUUCAAGUAGAUUUGGAAAAUAUACAAGGCUUUUUGUUAAUAAAAAAUAAUAAAUUAUUGGUGGAGAUAUAGUAAAUUAUCUAUUAGAAAAGAGUAGAGUUGUCUCACAUUCUGAAACAGAUAGGAAUUUCCAUAUAUUUUAUUUAUUAUUUGGUAAUCCAAAAUAUUAAAGGUAAAACUUUAAUUAUUUGGGCAAAGAUAAUUAUUUCAGUUAGAAGUUUUAUGAUGAAUUGAUAUAAGCAUUCACAACAGUUAAUAUUGAUGCUGAUGCCAUAUUCUAAGUUGUUUAUACUGUUUUAUUAAUAGGAGAAUUAUAAUUUGAUGAUGUUAAUUAUGGAAACACAACUCCUUGUAAUGUUAAAAAUGAAGAUCUUUUGAAAUAAAUUUGCUAAUUAUUAGAUUAUGAUUUCAAUGAUAUUAUCAAAGCAUUAACCUUAAAGUAGGCAAUAUAUGGAAAAGAAAAGAUUUUAUCACCUAUUAAAUUACUUGAUUGUAUCAGAAUUAGAGAUUCUUGGGCUAAAGAAAUAUAUGAAAGAUUAUUUAAUUGGAUUAUUGAAAAACUUAAUGAAACUUUGAUUACUAAACAAGAAAAAACAACAUAUAUUGGAUUAUUGGAUAUUUAUGGUUUUGAAGUAUUCGAUAAUUUUAAUGGAUUUGAAUAAAUGAUGAUAAAUUAUUCAAAUGAAAGGCUUCAUUAAUUAUAUAUUGAAUAUGUUUUCAAAGAGGAAAAGAAAAUAUUUUUGAUAGAAGGUUUAGAAAAAUAUGUUGAUAGUAUUAAAUUUGAAGAUAACACUUAAUUAAUAGAUAUGUUUGAUAAACCUCCUGUUUGUUUAUUUAAUCUUAUUGAUUAGGCUUGUAGAUUAAAUUAAACUGAUUAAUAAUUAUUACAAUCUUUAAGAAAAGAACUCAAGUUUCCAAAUUCUACAAAACCUAAAUUCACUAUUAAACAUACAGCAAAAGAUGUAGAAUAUACAUGCUAAAAUUUUGUUGAAAAAAAUCAAGAUGAAAUUCCUUAAUUAUUAUUAGAAGCAAAAUGCAAUAAUUAGAUGGUCUAAUUAUAGCCAAAGCCAAAAUCAAUUGUUAUUAAGAUUAAGAAUGAGAUGAAAAGCUUAAUGACAGAAUUGUAAUCAUGUGGUGUCCAUUUCAUUCGUUGCAUCAAACCAAAUGAUGAACUUGUUCCAAAUAAAUUAGAUAACAAAUAUGCAAUGAAAUAAAUUAGAUAUUUAGGUGUUUUAGAUUCAUUAAAGGUAAGAAAAGAAUCAUUCCCUAUUAGAGUAGAUUUUUGGAGAUUUUAUUUAAAAUAUAGAUUUAUUUAAGAAGGUGGAUUCUAGGAUCCGUUAAAUAAAGAUUAUAAAGCUUUGGAUUUUAAAAUGUUUUAAGAACAAUUUAGUGGAGUUUCUAAAGAUUUAUAUUUAUUUGGAAAUACAUAAAUCUUUAUUUAAGAAUAGGGAAUGUCAUUGAUUGACAAAAUUUACACUUCAUUAAUGAAAGAGAAGAAUGAGAAGGCUAAAUGUAUUUAAUCCGCAUUUCGAAGACAUUAAUUGAGGGAUAAAUUUAAAUAAUUUAUGAGAAUGAUCAAAAGAGUAGCGAAAACCAUAAAAAGAAAAUUAAGAAAAAUAUAAUUUAGAAAAAAAAUGAAAGCAGCAACUCUUAUACAGAAAUUUUAUUUUAUGUAUUAAAUUAGAAAAAAAUAAAAGUUAUAUAGAAAACAAAUAGAUUAUAUAAAAUAUGCGAUCUUAUGUCAAAUUCUCUAAAAUCAAUUUCAACAAAAAUUAGAAUGUAUUAAGAAAAUAUAGAAGAAUUUUAGAAUUAGUAGAAUUUAAAAAAGGAUAAUGUAAUAUUUAAAUAUAAGAAGAAUUUUGAAUGUUGUUAUUGAUUAAUCUUGGGAAUAAAUAAGAAACAAAGCCGCAAUAAUAAUCUAAAAAUAUUAUAAAGGCUAUUAUAUAAGAAAAAACCAUAAAAAAGAAGUAGAAUAAAUAAAAGAAGUUGGAAGAAAAAUACGUAUGGAAAAAAGAAUAAAAACUAUUUAAAGAUGGGCUAGAGGAUACAUAGUGAGAGCGAGACUAAGUAAAAUGCAUGAAGCAGCCUAUUUAAUAUAAGGGUACUUUAGAAUGAAGCAUUUAAGUUGUGUAUUUUAGAGAAUGAGAUAGGCUGCUGUAAUUAUAUAGAGAAGAUUUCGAAUGAUAUUACCUAGAAAAAGAGAAUUAAAAUAAUAAUAUGAUCAAUAUAUUUUUCCUUUAGAGUUGUAAUUGCAAUAGUAGAAAUUAUAGGAAGAGACUGAUUUAUUUGGGUUGAAAAUGGGUUAAAAAACAGAUUAUGAUUCAGCAUUAAUUUUGGGAUUGGAGUCAUUAAUUUAGCCAAAAAUAUAUUUAUUUGCUUUUAUUAUUGAUUUGGAGAUAAUCUCAGAUACUUCUGACAGUUAUAAUGGUUCAUUUGCAUCCAACUAUAAGGAUUUAUUUAUCUAAAGUUUCGAGAAAGAAAAUCCUUUGCAAUUUAUUUAAGUAGGAGAAAAUACAACGAUAGGGGCAUGUUGUAAUAAAUUGUAUGGUUGGGGUUUAAAUGAUAUGAGCUAAUUAGGUUUUACAUAAGAUGGAGAGAAACAUAAUCCAACAUAAGUGAAUUUUACAGGAAAAAUAAAAUCUAUUUCUGUGGGACAAAAUCAUUGUCUAUUAUAAUAAAACGAUAAAAAGAUGUUCAUUUGGGGGUGUGUUCAUCAUAAAUUUAUUUAACAUCCAAAAUUAUUACAUGAAAAUGUUGAAUUUAUCAAAGCCUAUAGAAAUAGAAUCUUGUAUAUUUCAGAAGGCAAAGUUUAUGAUUAAUUAAAAUAUAUUUAAAUUGGUGUAAAAAUUAAUUCAUUGUCAUGUGGGAGUACAUUUACAAUACUACUAAGUGAUAAUGGAGGAUUAUUUUGUUAUGGGCAAAAUGAGAAAGGUUAAUUGGGAUUGGGAGACUAUAAAGGUAGAGAUCAGGUUGAAAGAUUGCCAUUAAACGAAAAAAUCAUUCAAAUUGAAUGUGGAUAUAAACAUGUAAUAGCUUUAAGUUCUUUGAAAAAAGUAUUUGUUUGGGGAUGUAAUGAAUUUGGUCAAUUAGGAACAGGCGACUUUCAGAAUAUCAACAAGCCUAAGUAAUUAUAAAUAAAUGCAGAUUAAGUAAUGGCAGGAAUGAAAUGCUCAUGUAUAUUAAAUAAAUAAUUAUUUUGGUGUGGUACUAAUGGAACAAUACUUAUGUAAUGCCAUUUUAAGCCAUUCAUAUAAAAAUGUAAUUAUUUGAAUCGAAAAGAGUAUCAAAUUGUAAGAGUGCUCAGUUCUUAUUCAAAUAAUAUAUCAAUUUUAUAUUGUACUUAUGCUUGUCUAAGAGGAUUAUUUGAUAAUAAUUUAGGGAAGGGAUUAUAAAUCAUAAAACAAUUAACGACUAAUUGGGUAUAGCAUGGUGUCUGGACUAUUGAUCCUCCCUAUAUUGAAAGUUUAAGUAACUACAUGUGUGAGAAACACCAAAUGAAAAGUUGUAAAAUAAUUUCAAAUGGGGUUUAAAGCAAUAAUUAAAAAAUAAUGCAAAAGAAAUAACAGUUAUAGUAGAUAUAAUCUUUGCCUUAUGAGAAAUUGUGUAAAAUAGAUUUAGAUUUAUAUUUUUGA